AUGCGCUCCCGGGUUGGAGAGGCCUCGGCUGAGGCCCGGUGGGGCCUCCUGGCGCUCUUGGCGGGCGCUCUCUUGGGGGGCGUCGGGGCCCAGCCGUACCAAGGCGAGAAGGGCAUCUCGGUGCCGGACCACGGCUUCUGCCAGCCCAUCUCCAUCCCGCUGUGCACCGACAUCGCCUACAACCAGACCAUCCUGCCCAAUCUGCUUGGCCACACCAACCAGGAGGACGCGGGGCUGGAGGUGCACCAGUUCUACCCGCUGGUCAAGGUGCAGUGCUCGCCGGAGCUGCGCUUCUUCCUCUGCUCCAUGUACGCCCCCGUCUGCACCGUCCUCGAGCAGGCCAUCCCCCCCUGCCGCUCCCUCUGCGAGCGGGCCCGCCAGGGCUGCGAGGCCCUCAUGAACAAGUUCGGCUUCCAGUGGCCCGAGCGCCUCCGCUGCGAGAACUUCCCGGUGCACGGGGCAGGCGAGAUCUGCGUGGGCCAAAACACCUCGGACACCUCCGGCGGCGGCGGGGGGGCUGCGGGGGGCGGCCCCGGGGGUGCCACGGCCUACCCCACCCCCUCCUUACCCCACCCCCCGGCCCACCCCCUGCCCCCCUCCGGCUACGCCUUCUCCUGCCCGCGCCAGCUGAAGGUGCCCCCCUACCUGGGCUACCGCUUCCUGGGGGAGCGGGACUGCGGGGCCCCCUGCGAGCCCGACCUGCCCAACGGCCUGAUGUACUUCAAGGAGGCCGAGGUGCGCUUCGCCCGCCUCCUGGUGGGCGUCUGGUCCUUCCUGUGCUGCGCCUCCACCCUCUUCACCGUCUUGACCUACCUGGUGGACAUGAGGCGCUUCAGCUACCCCGAGAGGCCCAUCAUCUUCCUCUCGGGCUGCUACUUCAUGGUGGCCGUGGCCUACGUCGCCGGCUUCCUGCUGGAGGACAAGGUGGUGUGCGUGGAGCGCUUCUCUGAGGACGGCUACCGCACCGUGGUGCAGGGCACCAAGAAGGAGGGCUGCACCAUCCUCUUCAUGAUCCUCUACUUCUUCGGCAUGGCCAGCUCCAUCUGGUGGGUCAUCCUCUCCCUCACCUGGUUCCUGGCGGCCGGCAUGAAGUGGGGCCACGAGGCCAUUGAGGCCAACUCCCAGUACUUCCACCUGGCCGCCUGGGCUGUGCCCGCCGUCAAGACCAUCACCAUCCUGGCCAUGGGGCAGGUGGACGGGGACCUGCUGAGCGGCGUCUGCUACGUGGGCAUCUACAGCGUGGACGCCCUGCGCGGCUUCGUCCUGGCCCCGCUCUUCGUCUACCUCUUCAUCGGCACCUCCUUCCUGCUGGCUGGCUUCGUCUCCCUCUUCCGCAUCCGGACCAUCAUGAAGCACGACGGCACCAAGACGGAGAAGCUGGAGAAGCUGAUGGUGAGGAUUGGGGUCUUCAGCGUCCUCUACACCGUGCCCGCCACCAUCGUCCUGGCCUGCUACUUCUACGAGCAGGCCUUCCGGGACUCGUGGGAGAAGACGUGGCUCCUCCAGACCUGCAAGAGCUACGCCAUCGCUUGCCCCACCAACUUUGCCCCCAUGAGCCCUGAUUUCACCGUCUUCGUCAUCAAGUACCUCAUGACCAUGAUCGUGGGCAUCACCACGGGCUUCUGGAUUUGGACUGGCAAGACGCUCCAGUCCUGGCGGCGCUUCUACCACAGGCUCCGCACGGGCAGCAAAGGGGAGACGGCGGUAUGAGAGUUCCCCCCCCCACCCCUUUUCCCGUGGGUGCUCUUGGUUUCUUG